AUGGAAAUCCCUCUGCGCUCCAAAGAUAAGUCAAAAACUAUUAUGCCUUUCAAGUUGUUUUCACAUGAAAAGCUGGAAAGUUGGACAAAGCAGCAGAAUUUUGGUAAUUUGCCAAAAUUCGACGAAGAAAGAAGUCCUACAAAUUCAAUUGUAAAAGAAAGCUGUGAGCUUCAUGAUAUUCAAAACCUCUUGGAUACAGGGCUUUCUGGGCCGAAUAUUUAUCACAUUUUAACUACCGUUGAGAAGCCGCAGCUAAUUAAUUUGCAGAUACCAAAUACUUUGAUAAAGGUUCCUCAUCAAAAUGCGAUUUAUGUAAAAACAAAUGCAAAAGGAAGUAUUUCAAUUAGAAGAGAUGAAAAGUAAAAUUUAUGUAGUUCAAUUUCAAGCUUCUUUAAAAAUUCUACAUCACUACCAACUUUAGAUGGUUCUCUGCCCAAGUUUGUCCAUAUUGAUGAUGAAAAUCAUAUCCACGUCUGCAAAGAUAACAAAGAAUCCCUUCACUGGUGGGCGGUCUGCACCUCAAAACAGCACAUGCUCCAACAAUUCAUUCCUCCACAAAAAAGAACCCUUUCCAAAAUCAGAGUCCACUGAAAAACAAAAGAAGGCUCAAAGUACUUGCUAGUAACGAAUUUAUCAUCUAUCCCCCGAAAUCAAAGAGCAAGCACCUCAACAACUGCAUCAUCCAAGAAGCCUGAAAAAAAAAUUGGGCUUUAUCAGCAUAGCUUAUCUGAUUUUAAAUUCGCAGGAAAGCUAUUGAAGACUUCGUUUUCCCCCUCAAUGCCAUUUAGGUCUAUGCUAAAAAGAGCUAGAAAUAACUCAGUGAAUUCUAAAGGAGAAAGGCCCUCGUUUAGCCUGUAUAGCACGCUGAAAGUUUUUUCGUCAAAAGAAGACCUGAAUGAUGAUCAAGCUGCAUUCCUUGUUAGGUCAUCAAACCUGUUUCAGGCUACAAUUUGUGAAGCAGAUUCAAUUGCUGAAAUUGAUAAUAUGCUGAAUAGUAUUAUCGAACUGAUUAAUAAGAAGGUUGAAAAAUCUGAUAAAAGAGUUUUGACGGAGCUGCUUGCGGAUUUCAUGUGCGACGAUUGUGGGAAAUGGUAUUUCUUAAAAUGCAAAGCACACAAGCUGGAUUAUAAAGCGUAAAACUCAUUGUGAAUUACUAAUAAAAUCUCAUUAUUAGCUUGGCUGUAAAAUACAAAUAAUUUUAAUGACAGCUUAAUUAAAAAGGAAUAUAUCCCUAUAAAACUUGAGUCAGCUUCGUAUUUAACUCCAGACUUCAACCCUAAUCUAGACCAUUCUAAAAAGCCUUCCUAUUCAUCAAAUCAUUCCUUUGAUGACUCAAAUCUCAAUAUCAAAAGAAAUGUUGCAGAGCCUUAUAUUUCUGUCCAGUCCUUGAACAGAAGACUAAUGCAGCUUGAACAAAAGCAUAUAAAACAUAAAUCAGAAGCAAGCCUAUUUAUCGACUUAAAUGAUGUCGUUGAUAAAUCUAAAAAAUCUUAUCUAAGCACUACAAUUCCAAAAAUUUGCAUAAAAAGCGAGCUUCCCUCUAUCAAAGGGUCAUUAACCUCUAAAGAACACUUAAAAACAAAAGAUAUAUAUGGUGAAUAUCUAGACAGAAUUGCAAAACACUAUGACAAUGUAAGAGGACUAGCUGCUGUCGGGAGGCGAGUAAAGGAAAAAGAAGUCUGCGUUCUUGAGAAAUAUCGGCACUCAAAAAGUUUUGAAGCAAUUAUAGAAAGCAUCAAGACAAAACUAUAUACAGACCAAGAUGUCGGGCACAUCUUCCUCAACGCAAGAAGUGAUUUUAUUAAUAUUGCUAUGGAUUAUAUAUGUAAAGGCUCAAGAAAUAAAUAUCUAUGCCAACAGAUGAAGAAAUCCAACUUAUGCAUUGGCAUGAAGCAAUAUGAGUUUGCAAGGACAAUGAGCAUAAUUAAAGAUGAAUUAAAGUUUCACCAUAUAAUUGCAGACGACAUUGAAGCAAUUAUUAAAAAUAUCGAGCAGUUUCAAGAUGAUGUAAUAAUUUAA